AGCCCACGCGCCGCCGCACCCCGCACCAACAAGCGCCGAGCCGCCGCCGCCGCCGCCGGAGAAGGAGAGGGAGCCGCCGCAGCCAUGGGUCGCGUCCGCACCAAGACCGUGAAGAAGACCUCCCGACAGGUCAUCGAGAAGUACUAUUCUCGGAUGACCCUCGACUUCCACACCAACAAGAAGGUGCUCGAGGAGGUGUCCAUCUUGCAGUCGAAGCGCCUCCGCAACAAGGUGGCCGGCUUCACCACCCAUCUGAUGCGCCGCAUCCAGCGCGGCCCCGUCCGCGGCAUCUCCCUCAAGCUGCAGGAGGAGGAGCGCGAGCGCCGCAUGGACUUCGUCCCUGAGAAGUCGGCUCUUGAGGUCGACGAGAUCCGCGUCGACAAGGAGACGAUGGACAUGCUGGCGUUCCUCGGCAUGGCCGAUCUCCCUGGCGUCGAGCGCGCUCCCGAGGUCACCGCGUCCGCCGCCCCCUUCCGCCAGCCGUACAACGGACCCCGCGGUGGCAACCGCGCCUAGGUUCCCCCGCAUCGUCGCCGUACCCCUAUCAUGCUUUAUAAGUUUUUAUUAGAUCUGUUACUUGUGGCAAGUACUAUUUUGAACUCAGCUCUUAAGUUCGAGGUGUUUUGAUCUGCGUAUGGUGGACAUGAUCUGUUUAUCCAACCGUUAAUCUGAAGUGAUUCGAUA